AUGACGCGAGAAAAAAGUAAAAGAGUAAUCGGAAUCAUUAAAAAUGCUUUACGAAUACUCUGUGUAGUGAUUUUUGUCCGUCACAUACUUCCGUUUGGCUCUUAUGCUUCGAGUAUUAACUAUCAUGAGGCUAUUGAAGAUAAAGAAAUAAAAGACCACCAAGACAAAACUGAAAAUUAUACAAAAAAUAAGGACCAACCCAAGUCUAUUAGUGAAAUUGAAGAUGAUAUAUUAAGCCAAAUUGAAGAAAAAAAGAAGUUAGGCAAUAAAAAACUUCCGCAGCAAGAAGAAUUAAAGAAAAAAGAUAAUCCCAGCCCAGCGGAAAAAGAAGCGUUAGAAGAAAAAGAAAAAGUUUAUCAAACUAAGUUAAAAAACGCCAAAGCCAAUACUAUCAAAAAUAUUCAGGAACAAUUAAAAAAUAACCAAUUAGAUGCGACUGAAUUAGACAAUAGAAAAUGA